ACUCGCUUCAAGGUCACGAGGAAUGGACAUAGAAGACACAACCACCGGUCCUGAUGACCAUGAGCCGGUGCCACAAGAGAGCCCUCGGCGACAACAAAGUCAAGGACCUCCUACGUUGGCCCCGUUGUCCCCAAGCAAGGAGUCGUCUAUCUGUGUUUCAGUAAGAGUACGUCCUUUCACAUCAAAUGAAGAAAACAACCUCAUAAAAGUGGAUCACGAACACAUAUUUCUAGGGGAUGGCUCGCUCAGUGAGAAGGAACAAAGUGGUUCCAACUUCAUGCCCCAAGGAAUACGUAAGAUCAUCGAUGUGGUUGACGAUAAAAUGCUUAUAUUUGAUCCUCCAGAAACAAACCCAAUUGCCCGAAUGCAUAGAAAUGUAUUUCCAUCAAAACCUCAUUCCCGUAUACGAGAACACCGAUUUGUAUUUGACCAGUUGUUUGACACUCAUGCCAGCCAAACAGAAGUGUUUUCCACUACAACCAAACCGCUUUUAGACAGUAUAUUGGAUGGGUUUAAUGCUACUGUAUUCGCAUAUGGGGCCACCGGGUGUGGUAAAACUCACACUAUUCUGGGGACUCCAGAUGAUCCCGGUAUCAUUUUCCUUACGAUGAAAGAGUUGUAUUGCCGGAUGGAUGAGAUGCUGGAGUCGAAGGUGUUUGAUGUUAGCUUUUCGUUUUUGGAGAUUUAUAAUGAAACUAUUAAAGACCUCUUGGACCCAAACACUAACCAAAAAAAAUUGGUGAUAAGAGAAGACACUAACAACAAAGUGUUCGUGGCCAAUCUAUCAUCUCAUAAACCCCAAUCGGUAGAGGAGGUGAUGGAUUUGAUCUUGAAAGGGAACAAAAACAGAACAUGUUCUCCAACUGAAGCGAACGCAACGUCUUCCAGAUCUCAUGCAGUUCUUCAGAUAAAUGUCAUCCAAAGAAACAAAUCGAUGGAGUUGAGCCAAGAGCAUGUGUUUGCUACUUUAUCAAUCAUAGAUUUGGCGGGAAGUGAGAGAGCUUCUGCCACCAAGAACAGAGGAAUCCGUCUCAACGAAGGUGCUAAUAUAAACAAGUCGUUAUUGGCGUUGGGAAACUGUAUCAAUGCCCUAUGCGAUCCCCGAAAACGAAACCAUAUUCCCUAUAGAGACUCAAAGCUCACUCGGUUGUUGAAGUUCUCCUUGGGAGGGAACUGCAAGACGGUGAUGAUUGUAUGUGUUUCGCCGCUGUCUCAACACUACGAUGAAACGUUAAACACAUUGAAGUAUGCUGACCGGGCCAAAAUGAUCAAAACGAAGCUCAUACGUAAUCAGCAUAAUCUUGAUAGACAUGUGGGUUCGUACUUGAAAAUGAUUACCCAACAAAAGACAGAGAUCGAAGAGCUCAAACACAAACAAGCAAAUGUUGCAGAUGCUACAAUAGAAAAACAGCAAAAGAUACUGGCAUUGAUAUUUGAGUCAAUAUUUGACAAUAUCAGUACACUUCGGAGCUCUGUUUUCAAUAAGAGUCAAGACAGAUGGCAGAAAUACUUCAUUCUCGCCAAAAGAAAAGUUUUACUUAAUCAAAAAAUGGAUUUUGAAACCCUCCAAGCCUAUUUCGAUAGUUCCAGUUCAAACCCACAGGUGCAAAAUCUUGUUGAACAAGUGUUGUCCAAAUUAUCUCUUCAAAUUCAACAGUUGGAAUUGCAGUAUCAUCGUCAGAAUGAUGUGGAGGUGGUUUUGGAGGAAACUGCUCAUCAUGUACUAACCAGGUUGAAAGAGCAGGAGUACUGGCUGGAACACCACACCCAAAUGUUUGAGUAUGAGAUUGAGUCCAUCAGAAACCAGUACCAAAAGGACAUACUUUUCACCUCGUCAGUGUUAUACGACCACUUGGUGAC